AUGAAGAGCGACGAUAUCGUACCAUUGAUAAUUGAUGGCCUUGAUGUCACAACAGAUGUAGAGUUUGUCUUUGAGACGAACCGCUUUGGCGGUAAACCUUCGCCGAAGAAAGCAUUCGCCCAGGGAGCGAGUACAGAGACGUGUUUGCGUGCGGUCGAAUCGUGUGCAAAAGCGUUCCCAUCAUGGAAGAGAACAGACGCAGAUCAGAAACGAAAGCUUUUCCAGCAGCUUAAACAUCUGCUCGAAGUGCGUGGCGACGACGUGAGAGAAAUAAUAGAGGAAGAGAUCAACUGUUCUAAAUUAUGGUCGCAUAUCAACUUGCAAGAUUCUCUUGGUCUAAUUGACGAAGCCGCAGCUUUGGUUACAUCCGAUGCACUUUCAGGGACCAUACCUAUAACUAGAAAUCACAACGCACCUGCUCUGGUAUUUAAGGAACCAAUGGGUGUUAUUCUGGGGAUUGCCCCAUGGAACGCACCACUGAUCUUGGGAUUUCGUGCUGUCGUUGCGCCAAUAGCAGCUGGCAAUACUGCAAUUCUAAAGGGCUCAGAACUCAGUCCACGAGUUCACUAUUUUAUCGCCCAGCUUUUCCAAGACGCUGGCUUUCCACCAGGAGUUCUGAAUUUCAUCAUGCAUCGACCCCAAGAAGCAUCAGCAGCAUACGAAACGAUGAUCAGCCACCCGGCUGUUCGGAAAUGCAACUUCACUGGCUCUACGCCGGUUGGACGAUUGAUCGCUUCGCGCGCGGCUGCUUCGUUAAAGCCGGUCCUACUUGAGCUUGGAGGAAAGAAUUUUGCAAUUAUUCUUGACGAUGCCGACCUGGAUAAGAGUGCACGACUAACACUAGAAGGUGCUUUUUUAAAUAACGGCCAGAUUUGCAUGUCGACUGACACCGUGCUCGUGUCACGUUCAGUCUUUGCGGCAUAUCGGAAGAAAUUGAUUGUUCUCAUGAAGAAAGCAAGCUCUGAUAUAAGUGCAGUCAUCACCACUAAAAGCUCUGAGCGACUACGUGCACUCAUCAACGAUGCCAUCGCGAAGGGCGCAGACAUUACUACGGGAGAUGAUACCGACCCAUCAAUCAUCCCAGCCACUAUUGUCGAUAACAUGAUUCCAUCUAUGGACUUCUACCACGCCGAGUCGUUCGGGCCUAUGUUAGGUUUGCAGAUAUUUGACAGCAUAAGUGAAGCCACGAAGAUCAUCAAUGACUGCCCGUUCGGACUAUCGUCUGCCAUCUUUACUAGGAAUCACUACCGGGCUAUGAUGAUAGCGAAAGACCUAAAUGUUGGUGCUAUUCAUAUCAACGGCGCCACUGUUCAUGAUGAGCCGACAAUACCGCACGGGGGUCAUGGUGAUAGCGGUUGGGGCCGCUUUGGAGGCUCUUGGGGUUUGGAUGAAUUCGUACAUACAAAGACUAUCAUCCUCAACGACUAUGGCGGUUCUGCACCUGUCGUUAGAGGCACCGUUGUUCUAGAUCUUCACCGAAUGAACAAAAUUAUCGAGGUUAACCAUGAAUACGCAUACGCCGUGGUAGAGCCUGGAGUAUCUUUUUUCGACCUCUUCGAAUAUAUAGACAAGAACGACUAUAAUCUAUGGCCAUCGGUACCUGCGCUUGGUUGGGGUUCAGUGCUUGGGAAUGUACUCGAGCGUGGAUUCGGCUACACGCCAAAUGGAGAACAUUCUCAGCAACAAUGUGGUAUGGAGAUUGUGUUAUCCAAUGGCGAGAUCGUUAGGACAGGCAUGUGGGCGAAGAAGGACUGUACCAUGGGUCCACUCUUUAAAGGUUACUAA